AUGGUGAUUUUUAGGACGAUCCGUGGGCGGCAUUCAGAUAACCCCCGGUCGAAGCGUCAGCAACGACUACGGCGAAGACUGCGAUUGAUGUAUGGUGCAUUUGAAUACUGUUAUGAAUGUGAUGCGGACAUCUCUCUUCUAAUUCGACUGAAAGAUACGGGCCAAAUCUAUAUCUUCAAUUCUGAUAGCCAAUGGCAGCCACCCAAAGAGCAGUUAGUUUGUAUAGAGACCAACAAGCUGCAGGCAAGUUACUACCCAAAGCCCAAACAAGUGACUCGGGAAGAACUCGCCCCUAAAUACCGAGUCUGA